GUCUUUUGGGUGAGCUGUAACUGAGGGUAGAAACCAGCCCUGCAGGCCACGCCUCCAGUGUUGGACCGCUGGGGCUGGGUGCUUAAUGUCACAUUAAUGUCCCUCCCUGCUCUUGCUAUUGGCUUGGCUAAUGUGAUAUUUGGGAUGAAGGGAAGAGUUGAGGACCGACCUGGACAUCCUUGCAGUGAUGCUCUACUUCUCCAGCCUCCCUCCUGGUGCUGUGCAGGGUGUGGACUUCUGCUGGUCCCCUGGUCGUGGGCACGGAGGGAUGCUUUAGGUGGCAAUGCAGAGCCUUCCGGUGCCCUGAGCUCUGGCCCCGGGAGCCUCACGUGCUCUCUCUGGUCUCUUCCCCUCUGCCCUGAGGCAGCAUGAACAACUUUGCAGGUCAGAGGAUCAGCUCCAAAUAGCUCUUAUGUUGCUCCCACCACAACUGAUGCUGGGGACAUGAUGCUGCUGACUCUCAUAGCGUCGCCUUGUGCCGUGUGAUUUCCUUUCUCAUUCUCUCUGAUCGCCACUUUCUGUCCUCAUCAACUGGUUACACCUCUGGGGGGACGAGGCUGUUAGGGCAAGAGGACUUGGAUGACAUCUCUCCCCAGCAAAGGGUUAAUCCUCAGUCCUCUCUUUGGGCAUUGAUCUGCUGUAACUGUGGCUGGUGGUGAAGAGGGCGGGUAGGGCCCCAUCCAGGCCCCCAGUUUGCUUCCCAAUACAUGCUACCCCACCCUCCCUCCAAGUGAGGCAUAAUGUGGUGUGGAAGGGGUGACAGGUCAGACCCUCUGGCCUUAAUGCUGCCAUUUCUGCUUCCUCCAGGUCACCCCACCUGCCUGCAGUUCACCCUGAACAUGACCGAGGCUGUCAAGACCUACAAGUGGCAGUGCAUAGAAUGCAAGUCCUGCAUCCUCUGUGGGACCUCGGAGAAUGAUGACCAGCUGCUCUUCUGCGAUGACUGUGACCGUGGUUACCACAUGUACUGUUUAAAUCCCCCCGUGGCUGAGCCCCCAGAAGGGAGCUGGAGCUGCCACUUAUGCUGGGAACUGCUCAAAGAAAAAGCCUCAGCCUUCGGCUGCCAGGCCUAGGGUCCCCAGACACACAUAGAAGGUGACUUGCUGCUGGAGAGGCUGAAGCAGAGCCCAGUUCAAACCCGAUCGAGCCCCUACUCCCGUAUAUCCAGACAGACCAACUGUAAGGAGGAACGUCAGUCAGUAACCACAGAGCACGUGGAUACAGGGCAUCAAGGGGCGAGGUGUCUGCUUACCUCCUACAUGCAGAUUUCCGUUCUUCAGCCAGCCCCCCACCCCUUGUUUCUGCCAGAAAGAUGGUAAAUUUUGAAGAAUGACCCCAGCCAUAGCCCUGUGGACCCUCCCUCACAUUUAUUCUAGCACCGCCGCCCUCUCACUGGUUCCCCAUUUUAAGGUCCCGUUUUGUGACCACCCAUCCCGUCAUUCCUGUGUGGUUUGGUGUUUCGUAUUAUCUAUCGUGUUCCAAGAAACCUUCGCACAGCCUCCCUGCCCUCAGCUUCGUCUUUCCAUCCCGAACUCAGCAGAGGAACAAAGGGCUGCAGAGAAGUUUUUAAUUUAUUACAAGCCUCCCUGGAAACGUCUAGACUCAGGGCCUGGAGGCCAUCUAGAUGGUGAAGCCCUGAAAUCUCUCCUGGUACCUCCGUCUCUUUGAAGAAGAACUUUUUGCUGCUUUCUGCACCCACCCCCAGCAGAUAUCC